AUGGGUUCCAACGGCUACCAGGCUCCCGCGGUCACCAAAUCGCCCUUUACCCCCUACUUUACCCCCGCUAACAAUGGCGGUGCCGCUCUCCAUCCCGAGGACCCCAAAACACCCACCCUCUUUCGCCCUCUGCAGAUCCGCAAUGUCACCCUCAAGAACCGCAUCAUGGUUUCCCCCAUGUGCAUGUACUCGUGCGAAUUCGACCCGUCGUCGCCGUUCGUCGGCGCCCUGACCAACUACCACCUCGCCCAUCUCGGCCACCUCGCCCUCAAAGGCGCCGGCCUGAUCAUCAUCGAGGCCACCUCCGUCCAGUUUAACGGCCGCAUCACGCCCAACGACUCGGGCCUCUGGCAGGACGGUACGGACUCGGAGCAGUUCCGCGGCCUGCAGCGCGCCGUCGAGUUGAUGCACAGCCAGGGCGCGAAAGUCGGCAUCCAGCUCGCGCACGCCGGUCGUAAAGCCAGUACCGUGGCGCCGUGGGUGGCCGCGGAGGCCGGCAAGGCGAGACUCCGGGCCGACGAGAGCGUGGGCGGGUGGCCCCACGAUGUCGUGGGUCCGUCCGGGGGCGAGGAGCACCGCUGGAGUCCUGUGGAGAACGAGUACUAUGCGCCGCGGGCGCUGAGCACGGCGGAGAUCCAGGAGCUCAUCGCGGCGUUUGCGCGCAGUGCGCAGCUGGCCGUGGCCGCAGGCGUCGACGUGAUCGAGAUCCACGGUGCGCACGGCUAUCUGCUCAACGAGUUCCUGAGCCCCGUCACGAACAAGCGCACCGACGAGUACGGUGGCAGCUUCGAGAACCGCACGCGCAUCGUGCGCGAGGUCGCGGCGGCGAUCCGUGCCGUCAUCCCUGCGGACAUGCCGCUGUUCCUGCGUAUCAGCGCGACGGAGUGGCUGGAAGGGCAGGCGGUGGCGGCGGAAUCGGGAACCUGGGACAUCCAGAGCUCCAUCGAGCUGGUCAAGAAGCUGCCCGAGUGGGGCAUUGAUUUCGUGGACGUCAGUUCCGCCGGGAACCACAAGGACCAGAAGAUCAACAUCCACCCAACAUUGCAGACCGACCUGGCCGGCCAGAUCCGGGAAGCUGUGAAAGCUGCGGGCGCAUCGACGCUGGUCGGCGCCGUCGGGCUGAUCACCGAGGCCGAGCAGGCCAGUAGACUCGUCCAAGGCGCUGACGAGGCAAGCACCGCCGAAGCGAUGCUACCGGGCCCGUCACCCAUGGCGGAUGCGAUCCUGAUUGCGCGGCAGUUCCUGCGCGAGCCCGAAUGGGUGUUUAACACGGCCAAACGACUUGGAGUGCCGGUCACGGUGCCGCGUCAGUUCGAAAGGGCCGCUUGA